AUUGGGCUGAAAGUGCGGUACUCGGCUCACAACACAACACGGUCAUGCUCCCUUCGGCCUCCCUUAUUUUACCCUCCCUGGCGCGGAGUUUAGCUCCCCGCCGCCUCCUGCACGGGUCAGCGAGGGCGUGGGGCUACAGGAGCGCCAUCAGCCUGGAUAAAAUAUACCCAGACAGCGAUCUUGACCCCACCAAGCCGCAACCGAUUCCCAAGACGCAGGGACUCAACUUCUCAGGCUACGUUCCGAUGGACCAGGUGCAGGUGACAUACUCGCGCAGCAGUGGUCCCGGUGGCCAGAACGUCAACAGGAUUAACACUAAGGUUGACCUGCGCUUCCACCUGGCCUCGGCGGACUGGCUCUCCCCUGAACUGAAGGAGAGGGUGGCAGCCAAGCACAAGACGCUCAUCACCAAGGAGGGCUUCAUGGUGGUGCGUUCCGACAAGACGCGUUCCCAGCAGCUCAAUCUGGCCGAGGCGUUGGACAAGCUGCGUCACCUCAUCUACGUGGCGGCCUUUGUCCCCGCCGCACCCCAGGCCGAGGAUGUGGAGCGAGCCAGAAGGAGACACGAGGCCGCCACCAGGGAGCGUCUGCGGCAGAAGAAGGAGCGAUCCAUCAACAAGCAGUAUCGCCGGGCACCAGAACUGACCUAAGCAAGAGUGUGCCAGACAUGGGACAAGAAGGAUGUGUUUGUUUAUUCACUUGGUAAAGAGCGUCACUUGAUCGCUGAAUUGAGGUGAAAAAGUGGACAGCUGUGUGUACAUAUUAUUGUAAAAAGCUAAGUGGAAGUAUGAGACUGAACAAGUGUGUGUAUUAGUGUGUGAAAUUUGAUCUUGUGUAAAAGUUCGACCCCCAAAAGGCAGUGUGUAAAAUUUGAUCUUGUGUAAAAGUUCGACCCCCAAAAGGCAAUGACAUGUUUAGUUAGUGUCCUUGUAGAGUUGAUAUUUAAGAAAGGUCAACUAAAACAUUUUAUUUGAAGACGUAAAACUUGAUCCUAUGUAAAAGUUCGACCCUCAAAGUUCAAGUGGUGUCCUUAUAGAAGUUGACAGUUCAGAAAGGUCAACUAAAACAUGUUAUUUGAAGAUCUAAAACUUGAUCUCUUUUAAAAGUUCGACGUCCAAAGGCAACGACAUGUUCAAUCAGUGUCCUUGGUAAGUUGAUAUUUAGAAAGCUUACCUAAAACAUGUUAUUUGAAGACCUAAAACUUGAUCUCAUGUAAAAGUUCGACCCCCAAAUGGCACUUACAUGUUCAGUUAGUGUCCUUGUUAAGUUGAUAGUUAAGAACGAUAACCUAAAACAUGUUAUUUGAAGACCUUAUUUUGCACUGUGUCAAUAAAAUACACACCCAAUUAUCGUGUCCAUACGUUUAUUGGGUUCCUCUUUCCGUAACAAGAAAACGCGUCGAAACAUGUCGAGGAUAUGUACAAAAAUGACCUACUUGUUUUUUUUAUUAUUCAAACUCAACACUUACGGAAAUAACAAAGAACUUGGAAAAAAGGAAUUAAAAUGGAUGGAGUGAUGGAAGGGUCUUAGGGGUACACACACACACACACACACACACACACACACACACACACACAUACAUACAUACA